UUGUCCCCGGAAGCGGACAGUAUUGCAAGUGUAAUGUUUCCUAAAGCAGAUAGUAUGUUAAAUCGUAUGUCCCAGGAAGAGGACAUUAUUACUUGUAGCAUGUCUCCGGAAGCAGACAGAACAGUGUUGGUCUGAAGGACACAAUCAAACAUAAACUAGACGAGGCAGGGAUACAUGGAGAAUUACAACGAUCAGUAACGGACAAUAUGGCGAGUUAUCUUUUACAAUCAAGGGCAGACAAUACAGUAAAAAAGUAUCAGAGUUCUUUUGAUCAGUUUAAAUCAUAUUGUGAUAUAAACAGCCUAGUAUCUAAACCGGCGUUACCUAUCAGCGUAGCAAUGUACUUUACCAGUUUACUUGAUCAAGGCAAGUCAGACAAUGUCGUGUCUGCAGCUUACUAUGGAAUAAAAUGGGUACAUAAUAUCAACGAUCUUCAGGACCCGACGGAAAACAGUAUCGUCAAACAAUUGUUAGAAACUGCGAAACGUAUAAGUUCCAAGCCAGUACAGAAGAAAGACGUUGUAAGCUCAGAAAUGUUACAAGCACUUUGCUUAACAUAUCAAGAUAGUGUUGAUAUUAUUGAUUUGAGGGAUUUGUCAAUGAUUAUGUUAGCCUAUGCAGGUUUUCUGCGUAUGAACGAAGUCAGUAAUUUGCAUUGCAAUGAUGUACAAUUCAAUUCCGACCAUCUAGUUUUGAAAAUAAGGCAAAGCAAAACAGACGUUUAUAGAGAUGGUUCAGAAAUAGUUAUUGCUAAAGGUUGUUCUUCUGCAUGUCCGUAUUCUAUGUUACAAAGAUAUAUGUCUGCAGCACAUUUGUCGAUUAACUCUGAUGAAUAUUUGUUUAAACCUGCAUUUAGAUCAAAACAUGUCGCGUCUCUUAUAGGAAAGAAUAAAAAGUUAAGUUACACAAGGGCAAAAGAAUGUAUUGUUGAAAAAUUGAAAAGUGUUGCGCCGAGGCCUUAAACUUGGUACGCAUUCUUUAAGGGCAAGUGGCGCUACGUCCGUAGCUAACACCGGUGUAUCAGACAGGUGUUUAAAGAGACACGGUCGUUGGAAGACCGAUGUAGCAAAGGAUGGUUAUGUAAAAGACUCUCUUGAAAAAAGGUUAUCUGUCACAAAAAUGUUAAAAUUGUAAAGACUUAAGAUUAUUUAAGACUUGCAAGAGUUGCAUAUAAAGAACAUUGAAUUUAAAUUUUUCAGCUUCUCUAUACUUUGUAAAUUUCUAUAAAUGUGUCUCGCAAAUCGCACAACAGUGUCUGUUGUUGAUUUUGUAUAGUAUAUAGAAAGGACUUUUUGUACUCCGCGUUACAUCGUAUAGCGGAGUACCUUUGUCCUAGCGUUAUUAUCUUUCAAAACCUGUUUUGAAUGCUCGAGUGAUUCGAGAUCAGAUAUAAAUAAGAUUUUUGGCGGUAAGAAAUUAGUUCUAGCGAUUCACUCUGUGCGGUGACAUCGUUAAAUUUAAAUUCAAUGUUAUAGAUCAGAGGAACAUUAUUGUAAUACUUACUUUAUUUACACAAUAAUUUGUAACCUCAAUGUUGAGGAAACGUAACUUAUCUAGAGUUAAUAGUUAUCCGACAUAUUGUUCAUAAAAGAUCUUUCAAGGAUGAAGCCCAACAUUCAGUGGUAAAAGACAUGUGAUAAAAGGGCACAGGUUUCCAGACACUGGUUUUUCCUGGGCGAGUCGACCACGUUUUGGAAAUCUUUUAUGAAUAUCAUGUAAAACAUAUUCAAAGAUCGUUUGUUUAAACGUAUACAUUUUGUGUUUGAUUAAUUCACAUGUAUCUACGGCUUGUAUGUUUAAAUAUGUCAUCGCAAAAUAAAUGUGUCUCGCAAAUCGCA